CAGGUGCAUGUCCUAUAAUUAACGUUAGCGUGCGUCUAACGUUACCCUGUCAUAUCGAUGUUUAUGCUGCGGUCUGUUGCAUUAUAAAGCUGUUUGCAAGUGAUAAUUUGGCUUCCUGACUACAUUGCCCCUUGUCCCCCACAAUGGCCUCCUCCUCAUCAGUUGGAGAUAAUCAACUGCAGAGGAUAAUCAGAGAUCUUCAUGAUGCUGUGCAAGAGUUGAGUAAAGAACACAAGGAGUGCGGUGAACCCAUAACUGAUGACAGCGGCAACCUGCACAAGUUUUUCUAUAAACUAGAAUACCUGCUACAGUUUGAUCAGAAAGAAAAGACAACCUUUCUUGGCCAGAGGAAAGACUACUGGGAUUAUUUCUGCGACUGCCUGAUUAAGAUCAAGGGAGCUAACGAUGGCAUCCGUUUUGUUAAGUCCAUCCCCGAGUUAAAAACAUCGCUGGGGAAAGGACGGGCCUUCAUCCGCUACUCACUUGUUCACCAGCGUCUUGCUGACACACUGCAGCAGUGUCUUAUUAAUCAGAAGGUCACAAGUGACUGGUAUUAUGCCCGAAGUCCCUUCCUCAAGUGUCACCUCACUACUGACAUAAUCAACCAUCUUUAUGAGCUCAACCAGAUCCAAUUUGAUGUGGCGGCCAGAGGUUAUGACCUUGAUGCGGAUUGGCCAAACUUUGCGAGGCGAACAAUAGGUGCUGCCUCAUCAGCUUUCCUGUGGAGGCCUCCCAGUCGCUGCUCCAGCAUCAACAGUUUGGUUAGCAGCUAUUCACACUCACAGGCACAGGAGUUUCUCCCAAUCCCAGACUUGAGUCACAGUCUCCUUGGUGAUCUGGGAGAACUGGGGGAGCCCUCUUCUUGCAGCAUUGCAGAGAAUCUCCGCGUUGAGCUCGACCAGUCAGAGCUCAGACAGCAAGAGCUUCUGGUACGGGUUGAGGAGUUAGGCAAGGAGUCGGCUGAACUGAAAGAUGUCGUGAAAGACCUUCAAGGCCAGCUAUCAGUUGCUCAGAAGACCUCUGGUCACUCACUAUCUUCAGAGCCCAAAACUAACACAGACAUAGCUAGCCAGGACAGAGCAAAUCACCAACAAACUUGUGGGGAAGCAAUAAACAGUGAACUUAAAGACAGACUCACAGCUGCUGAGAAUAAAAAUAUGGAGCUUUUGUCUAAGUUGGACGAGGCUCUUAAAGAAAAGGGCCAGCAAACAGCUAGCUACUGUGACUCAGCUUGGAAAAUCCAGGAACUCCUGGAUAAACUCAAGACUGCAGAGGAAGAGAGGUUGGAGGCAAAGAGAGAGGCUGAGGACAGGGCCAGGCACUCUGAGCGUUUGUCUCAGGAACUAAAACUCAGGGAACAAGAGCUGAGAAGCUGUGAGGAGAAGCUAGCUGAAGUAAAAGCCGGGGCCCAUAAUGAGCGGGAGGAGGCCCUCAAACGGUUGGAAGAGCUCCAAGGUGCAGUUGGUCGAAUUCAGGGAGCACUGACAUUGAAAGAGAAGGAGACGGGAAACUUGAGAGCCCAGCUUCAGGAUCUACAAGCCUCACUGGAGUGCAGAGAACGACAAGCAGAGGAGCUGAGGAAAAGACUGCAGGAGGAGAGGCAGGAGAUAGAGCAGAGAUGUAGCACGAGCAGCAGCCAGAAUGAAACACUAGAGAGCCAGCUCCUAGAUUUAAGAAAAACUCUCAAAAACAGAGAGAAAGAGCUCUCCGUUGGUUCAGAGAGAAUCAAGCAUUUAGAGGAGCAGUUGGAAAAGCUAAAUGUUGAGAAGGAAAGUCUGAUCUCAAAGCUUUCUGAUAAUGAAGUCAGUUCCUGUGAUCAAGCAGAGAAUCUUGAGGACUACAAAACCCAAUGCAGCAAUCUCAUGGAAAUUAAUGCUAAGCUUCUCCAAACAAUUAAGAAGAGUGAGGAGAGCACUACAGAGCUGGCUGCGAGCAGGGCAGCCUUGUUAGACCAGCUAGCUUCUUUGAAGGCUUCUGAAACGCACUUAAAGGGGAGGGUAGAAACUGCAAAGCUGUGUGUGGAAGACAGAGAGAAGAAGCUUUUAGAUGAAAACCUGCAUUUGGAGGAGAUCGUCCAGAAGACGCUCAUCCAGAAGGAAGUAUCAGACACUCAGUUGAAGACAAUUGAGCAUGAAAAUGUGGAGCUUCUUGAGGUUCAGUCCUCGUUGAAAAAACAGUUAGCCAAAACUCAAGAGGAACUUGACUCGCUUACUGCCAAAGCUUCAAAGUUGGAGAAAAACCUUACAGCGUCCCAAAGAAGCCAAGCAGAAUUACUCGCAAAACUCCAGGAAACUGAGUCUAAACUCCGAGACCAGACUGUUAAAUGCAGUCUUCUGCAGGCGAGAGCCGAGGAGCUGGAGAGCAGGACCGGGGAGGUGCAUGAUGAAAAAGGAGCUGCGGAGAGCAAUGAAAAAAUGCAGAAGCUUCACGAUGAGCAUCAGACAUCCUCAAUGGAAACCAAAGAGGCCCCUUUCAGACUGGUGAUAGCUGAGGCUCAACUGGAACUCAACCUACGGGAGGUGCACCGGCUGAGGGAGGAGGUGGUGGAGCUCAGGGCUCAGCUGCUGGCAGGAACUGAGGAGAGGAUGAAAGUUCAGGCUCUCCAGGAGGUGACAGAGGCCUCCAGAGAGGAUCUCCGUGUCUUAGCAGAACAACUCAAGGCCCAGGUAGAGGAGCUAAAUCGCCGGCAUGUUGAUGAGAUUCUACAUUCCCGGGAGCGAGAGGAGGCUCUUAUUCGUGAACGAGACGGUGAGGCCCAGGCUCGGGCAGGUCUGGCUGCAGAGGUGACCACCUCCAGAGAGGAACUGAAUAAGCUUAAACUGCGUUAUGAAGCCUUGUGUCUGGAGAACAAUGAAUCCAGAGAAGCACUGCAUAGAGCCAACACGGAAACAGCUGAACUCGGUGUGCAUGUGUGUAUGCUAACCGCUGAGAACGAAGAGGCUCGCCUGCGCUGGGAGGGCCUGUCAACAAAGCUGCAAGAUCUGGAGAAGGAGGCAGCUCAGGAGGCAGAGAGACUGAAUAGCUGCAUGGUUCAGCUAAAUCAGGAGAACCAGCAACUCCUCAGUAAGCUCCAUAAGGAGGACGGUUUAUUGGCAACCAAGCAGGAGCUGCAGGAAGAGCUGAGCAAGGCCCAGCAGGAGGCUGAAACUGUGCAGGAGACGAGCCAGGAGGAGAUUCAUGCACUCCGGUUCCAAAUCAGCAGCCAAGCCAUGAGCCACGGCAGCCAACUCGAGAGCGUGAAUCAGGAUUUACAGGAGGUGAGAUUACAGCUGGCAACUGAACAGGAGAAGGUGGGCGACCUGGAGAACAAACUCAAACAGCUAGAGGCUGAGAAUCAGAGAUAUUGCCAACAGAUUGAGGAGAAAAACAUCCAGAUGGCCCAGUGCGAAAAUCUCAUCCAGCAGAAAGAAGACGAGAUAAUCCAUCUGAAAGGGAAUUUAUCAAGAACUGAGGAGGACUUAGCAGCAGCUCAGAGGGCCUGUCAGGAGUUGACUGAAAAUCUACGGAGAAUCACACAGGACAAGCAGAACUUUGAUUUUAAGACGGCUGCUGAACUUGAUGACCUCUACCGCACCAAAAUAAAUUUGGAGGAAAGGCUUGUAGAACUCAUCAGGGAGAAAGAUGCACUGUGGCAGAAGACGGAUGCUCUGGAGUUUGAGCAGAAACUGCGGGAUGAGGAGACAGAGAGGGACGUCAACUACUGUCUGGACUGUCACAGUCAGUUUAGCUGGUGGAUCCGCAAGUAUAACUGCAGACUGUGUGGGCGUCCCUUCUGUUACUACUGCUGCAGCAACACGGUGAGCACCCAGCAGGGCAACAGAGAGCGCUGCUGCAGGGACUGUUAUAACCAGCACAGUGCAGUAGUUGAGCGCCACCCACAGGAGAACGUGUCUACCAGCACACCAGGCACACCUUUCAGCCAUCUGCUCCAGGCUGGGAGAGCUGUGAUGAGUGUUUCAGGGGCAGAUCAAGGUGACAAGCUGGAGGAUGGUGUUUUUGACAUCAUCACAGAGGAGGAAGUGAGUGGCGUCUACGACAGUGACUCCCUCUCUUUUUCCACUGCCUGCUCUCCUGGACACGGACAGCAGGGGGCAGCACAACUUAAAAGCAGUACCAGUGCAGGAGACAUUGCAUCAGAAGAAACUGAGGACCUCAGUGCCGCAGUACAGGAUGCAGAGAUCUGCCUGAUAAAGUCUGGAGAACUCACGCUCUCUGUCCACUUCACGGUGGAUGACAUCUCCGGGUUUGGGGACAGCUCCCGAGAGCUUUUCAUCAAGUCCAGCUGUUACAGCACCAUCCCCAUCACCAUGAGCAGUCCUGGCUCCACCGUCACCUGGACAUUUACCUCUGAACCUAAGAGCAUCUCCUUCAGCGUGGUCUACAGGGAGAGUACAGAGACUCCACUGGAGCAGGCUAAGGUCUUGAUCCCACUGACCCGCUGUAACUCCCACAAGGAGACAAUCCAGGGAGAAAUGAAAGUCAGAAACCCUGGAGAAUACACACUCAUCUUUGACAACUCCUUCUCCAGGUUCAUCUCAAAGAAAGUGCUGUAUCAUCUGAGUCUAGACAAACCUGUGGUCUACGAUGGAACUGACCUCCUGUGAGCUUGAGAGGAAGCAUGACAAAGCAGGUGUAAAACUGACUUUUGACACAUCAUUCAAGGUGUUCAAGCUCAUGCACACGAUUGUGUCUGAGUCUGCUGACGUUCAGCAACCUCAAUGAAAGGUUAUGGCAUUUUAAAAACGUCUCUCACAGCUAGCUUCUGCUCAUGAGGUGUUCCGAUCAUGGCAAAGCUGAACAAAGGUGG